UGAACAAAAAAGAAGAAGAAAGCUUCAUAUUUCAACUUGGUAUAUCAUAUGUCUGUUUUUUUUCCUAAUUAAUCUUUACCUAUGGAAGAUUGAAGAAUACCAAUUUGCCCAUUCUCUCUGAUUUCUUCAUCAUUUCUUCGAAUCUUUUACACACCCAUUCCUACAUAUUUCGCUUUCACUUCCAUUUGGGCAUUAAUUUUUUUACGCUUUUCGAGUUUUUCCCACCUCUCGGACAAAACCCAUAAAAUAGAAAGUCUCGUCUCUUAGCCCAGAAAUUGAUAGCUUGUGACCCACCAUAAGUUUUAUGUGUUCAACUUGGUAACUGUUCGAAAAUUAUUGGUAUGGUGUUCAUAUCCAAUCCUGAAUCCCUUAAUACCCUCCAUAUCGGUUUACUUCUGAUCUAAUACUAAAUGGGUUUUGAAAUUGGGUUUCGUUUCACAGAUUGAUCGAAGAGAUUUCUGCCGUUGAAUGACCCUUAUAUUGGAAUUUCUUUGAACAAUGUCUGCUUAUGGGAAUGAAAUGGAGCGCCAGUUCUCUACUCAGAGUCAUUCUACUGGGGGAAGUUCUGGGAAUUCAGAUAUGGGAAGCCGCUAUAUCAUAGAGUCAGGAUUCUACAUGACACCUUUAACAGCAACGAUUUUCGUUGGUGCUCUAGCUACUGUUGGAGUGUUACUUAUCACUUUGUUGGUCUCAUUGACUGUAAUGUUGCAAUAUUGUCAAAACAGAAGUGAAGGAGUUGUUGAGAUUCAGAGAUCAAGUGUUGAUUAUGACUAUUGCAAGGCUCUAUCUGUGCAUUUGGAGCUAAAUGGCUUGGAAACAGAUGGGAUACCUUCAUUUUGCAAGGAGUUUGCCAUUCAAUACAUUAGAAGUGGUCAGUAUGAACGAGAUUUGGAUUCUUCACUGCUGGUGGUCGAUAAUUAUUUCUGUAGUGCUGCCAAAGUAGACAACGGUCAAGAUAUUGUAUUGAUGGACAUAGAUGACCUUCUUUUCACAAACCGUGAUUACAAUGACGUGCUAAUCUCCAGUGAUUGUGUCGAUCAGGCAAAGAAAUUGAAGCAAAACUUUCUUCUAAAAUUAUACAAGAAACUCAGAUCUUGCAGAUGGCCUACGACCUUAAUAUCAAGAAAAUCAGAAGUUAAUAGGAAUGCCACUAUUGAACAUCUUACUUCUGCAGGGUAUAAAGGUUGGCUACAGCUGAUUAUGAGAAUGGAUGAUGAAAUGCAGAUCAAUCAUCCGGUAUACUUCAGUCGGCAACAAGCAGCAUUGCAGAGCGAGGGAUUCAGCGUUAUAGGUGUGAUUAGCAGCCACAUGGAUGCCUUGUCAGCACUAUCUGUAGGAACUCGUAUUUAUAAGCUUCCAAACCCCAUGUACUUCAAGUAUCAAUCAUCAAAAAUGGAGGAAACACACAAAGUUAGAUAGUGAUUUCCUCUGGAAAUUUGUUGUCAUGUGAGCCAUUCUAAGAUGUUGCACAGUCUGAGUCAGUUUAGGCUUCUCUAAAGCUGGUUGAGAUUCACACAAGUUCUCUCAUUCAAAAUAGUAAAAAAGAAGCACAUACAGUCGGAGAAGUUGCUAUGGAUUAUCAUGUUAAUGCCAUUCAAUGGAGGCAAUCACGUAUUUAAGCAGUCAUUUUCUGAUUAUUGUAUAUAAUUUGAUGGUCUUCUAAUGAGAGGGGCAUUGCAAGUAUAUUUCACUCGAUCCUACAUUCCUCGCCUUCAACGGCAUCGACACCAAUUGCCAGACCCUGGCAGCUGUCACAUUAUUUGUUAUAUUUUUUACCUCUUGUCCAUGUUCAUACCAUUUUGUUUGUGGACCUGGAAAUUUGCAACAAUUUCUUGGAUUGACCUUUUAUGUUAUUCAAAUUGAAGGCCUUUGUUUGAAACC